UAGUGAAUUUCAUACAUUAUUAUUAAAUUAAAUAAUAAUAUUAUUAAUAAUAUUAAUAAUAUAAUAUAAUUGAAUAAUUCCGAAUUCGUUCUUCAUAAUUUCAUCACUUUCGUCAAUUCUCCGUGGGUACUAGGUAUUCAAUAUUCAUUAAUCACUAUUCACUAAUGCCUCAAUCGUCAGUCGUCACUACUCCUCAAUAGUGACUGGUGAUACGGGUUAACAACCAGCUACAAAUACUACAAUACUACGAUUUUAAGUUCUUAAGAAUUAAAUUGUAGACCCAAUUAGUUUAAAUCACAAUAAAAUAUUAUUAUAUUAUUUGAUUUAAGUAUAACAGAACGGUAUUGUCAUUAUUAUGCAUAGUUGUUUUCAAUCAGAAUACACAUAGUCUUAUAUUUUGCACAAUAUCUGCAUAUUCAUUUUUAAAUAAUUAAUAAUAACAUGGAUUCGUUAAUUAAAAGUGUUGGUGAGAGUGAUUAUCAACCCGAAAAAUAUGUCAAAGAAUUAUCUCAGAGAUGUAUGGGUCCUGAAGAAUUGUUACAACAAAAGACAAAUGUACAAUCCUUGGGUGAACAAAUCAACACAAUGCUCAAGAAAAAUGUGUUCUACAAUUAUAUUCAAUUUAUUGAUACCGCUAAGGAAAUAGCUAAUUUAGAGGGUGAAAUGUAUCAAUUGUCGCAUUUGCUAACUGAACAAGCAUCUUUACUUAAUUCAUUGGCUAGUUCAUCAAUUGUUAGCGAACAAAUUUCUAAAUCUGGCAAAGAAGUGAAUGGUGUUCAAAAUACUGAAGUAGAUAAUGUAGUUGAAGAAAAGAGAGUUCAUAAACUGCUAAAUAUUAUGGAAAGAGUAGAAAACUGCAAUAAUUUAGUUGAUGUUCCUGACCGUAAAUGUUUGCAUGAAGGAGAUUUAUUAGAAUUGGAUCCUAUUGAAAAUACACCAGUCCAAAGAAUUCAUUGUUAUCUAUUUACUGAUAUUUGUAUUGUUGCCAGUUGGUUGUCUAGCAGACGAGGACCAGCUAGAUAUAGAUUUCAGUCAAUGUAUGAUUUAUGUAAUCUUGCUGUUGUAAAUAUUAAAGAUAUUAAAAAUUCGUUUAAAUUGCUUGCUUUUCCGGAAACAAGAGUAUUUCAAGCACCAAAUACUGGACUUAAGAAUGAUUGGUUAUCGAAAUUUGAAGUCGCUAAAAAGUCACAAAUCUCAGUUGAAAACAAAAUGAAAAGUAGUGUUGACCAUAAAAUGAUCCAAAGAACAGAUUCCAUUCAAUUAGUUCAUAAUUCAUUUGAACCUGAAACAACUGAACCAGAAUUACCAGAAUGGAUUAUUGAUUUAGCAGAUGAUUUAGAUGUAUUAAUUGCUCAACGGCAUUUUGAAGAUGCAAAUUCUUUGAUUAGUAAAGCCAGACAAUAUUUAGAGGAACACGGUGAUCAAAUUUCAACAUCAAUUGAACAAGAAAUAAAAACUAAAUUAGAAAAUCGUAUUCAAGCAUUGACAUUAGUUUUAACUAAAGAACUUCAAGUUUCUCCAGAUAAGUCACAUAAAGGUGGAUUACGAGCAGCUCGGCGAGCAGUUAGAAUAUUAAAUCAAUUGGAUAAAUCUUCACAAGCGUGUGAUUUGUUUUUGAAAGUUUGUUCAAAUUUAUUGAAAUCUCAAUUACAGUAUGUAAAACGUGAUGGUGCAAUGUCAACAUUUGUUAAAAAAUAUUCGAUGGUGUUUUUUGGAACUACAAUAGAAAUUACACAUGAAUUUUUAUACAAAGCUUUUCCAAAUAGCUCAGCUUGUUCUUCAGCUUUUAUUUUAUGGACAAUUCAAGAAGUCAAUGAUUUUAUGGUAAUUUUAAACAAACAUAUGUUUGUUCCUCAGACAUCAUUGUCCAAUUUAUCUGAGUGUAUAAAAGUGAUACACAAAAAUUGUCAAGAGUUAUGUGAUUAUGGAAUAGAUCUCCAAUUUCAAAUUGACGGGCAACUUAGAAUUCCACUUACAAAAUCAAUAAAUGAUAUCAAGGACAAAACUAUUGAAGUAAUUAAAAUAAGAUUUUCUGAGGAUAAAUGGAAACCUUUCAAUCUAAAAACUAAACAACAGAGAGAUAAAAUUGUUGAAGAAUAUACAAAUUAUGGGUUUUCAAACAUUGAAUCUUACAAUAAAGGUGAAUCGUGGAUAAUGCUAACUCAAAACACAAUAACAUUCACACGCACUUACUUAUUACUUUUAAAUGAUUGCUUAGUGCUGUAUUCAACUGAUUUGGCAAAUGUUAUUGAUCAACUACUUUAUGAAGUUUUUGCAGCUCAUUGUAAUUACAUAAAGAGCUCAAUGAAAAAUAAAAACUUUGUAAAUGAUAUAAAUAUUAUUACAACAAAUGCCAGAUUUAUCCUAGAUAUAUUUUUAUCCCAUUGUUUUAAAGUGUAUUCGGCAUCUACAGGUAAUGUAAAUCCACAAAUUCACACCCGUUUAAAAUCAGAAUUUGGUGUAAUCCCUACUCAAAAUAUAACAGGUUAUAUUUAAAAUUUAUAUUUCUUUUAAUAAAAUAGUAACAUUAUUUUAAAUGUUUUUAUGCAGAAUGCUUUACAUUAUAACUUAGUUUGUUGUAUUGUAUUUUCAUAAUAUGCAUAAUAUAUUGUUUUUAUAUGUUCUGCAAUUUAAUUGUAUUUAUUCAAUAUUAUUAAUUAUUAUUUAUACAUUCUUUACUAUUACAUUAUAUCAUAUUUAUUUAUAUUUUAUACUAAUAUUAAUUUGCUGGCUGUUUUAAUACUUUAUGUUUGAUUUAAAUUGUUAUUUAUUUCUAUAUUAUUAAUUAUCACAAAAAGCUACUAAUUUAAAUUAUAAACAAUACUUAUUUAGUUCAUAUUUAAUAAAUAGUAAUACUUAAAAAGAUUAUCUGGUAGCAAUGAAUAUUAUAUAACAAAUAAAAAGUUUUAUAGAAUA